UUAUCUUCAAUCAAAACCGAAACCCCAGAAAACCAAAAACAAAAAAGAGCUCACUCCCUUCACUCCUUCCCUCCGCCUCUCAUCAUCUUCUUCCCAGAGGAGAGAGAAAAUCAAAAUUUCCUCAGAAUCCACCAUGACUGUCCCCGUCGUUGAAGAAGAACAGAUUCCUAUCCCCGUUGAAGAAGAGAAGGAGGAAGUUGUUGUUGAAGACGUUAAGGAGGAUGACCAUGACGAUGACGACGAUGAGAAUGACGACGAAGAUGACGAUGACGAGGAUGACACUAUUCUAGCUUCAGCUGAUGGUUUAAGGCAGAGCAGGAGUGAGAAGAAGAGUCGCAAAGCAAUGUUGAAACUGGGAUUGAAACCCGUCACAGGUGUAACCCGCGUCACCAUAAAGAGAGCAAAAAACAUAUUGUUUUUCAUUUCAAAGCCUGAUGUUUUCAAGAGCCCAAACUCGGAGACCUAUGUCAUAUUUGGAGAGGCCAAGAUCGAAGACUUGAGCUCUCAGCUGCAGACCCAAGCUGCCCAGCAGUUCAGACUCCCUGACAUGUCAUCCAUGAUGGCCAAGUCAGAAGCUUCUGUUGCCACUGCUGCUGCACAAGAGGAGGAAGAAGAGGUCGAUGAGACAGGGGUUGAACCUCGUGACAUUGAUUUGGUUAUGACACAAGCUGGGGUUUCAAGGGGCAAAGCUGUCAACGCACUCAAGGCUCAUGAUGGUGACAUUGUUGGUGCUAUUAUGGAGCUCACUGCUUAGGUCUGUUGAUUUCUGGUCCUCGGGAGUUUAAUCGUCCAUUCUAGCUUUAUUAUUCUUUUUCCUUUUUUGGGCCGAAGACAAACUUUUUUAGUGAUGUGGUGAAGCAUUUUUGAACUGCUGCCCAUUUCAUUUGAAUAUGGAUAUGCUUUAUGAUAACAUAAAUGGUCUUGUUGCCUCAAAUUCGCAGUAAUGUCUUAUUAAUUUGAUUCAGGUGCUAGUUCAAUCUUUA